UUGUGUGUAGGGUGUGUAAUUUCUUGCUUAUCUUUGCUAGUCUGCUGAAGAUUACUGGCCAGAUUGUCUGCUUGGACCUAAACAAAAUGUGCCAACUUUACCAAGAUCUGAACACUGCCAAGCGGGACCGGUCCCACAUAGAAGUGAACCUCAAGCUGAAUGGUCAGGGCAGUAUUGCCCAGAUGGUGCGUGAGCAGAAACUCAACAACAUCUUAGACCAGUUAAAACAUAUUUAUCAUGAAAGUAUAAAACCAAUGGAAGAUGCCUACAGAUACAGUGACAUGGGAAAGCCCCCUAUUACAGAUGCUGAUAUCAAGAUGAUGAAACCAACAGUUUUAUUCGUUGGACCAUGGAGUACAGGAAAGUCCACCAUGAUCAACUACCUCCUGGGUGUAGAAGAUGACAACUUCAGACUCAUUACUGGUGCUCAACCCACAACUACUGAAUUCACUGUCCUCAUGCAAGGAGAAAAGGAAAAGAGUGUGGAGGGAAUGGUGCUAGCUGCAGAUGGCACUAAGAUGUUUUCAACUUUAGAAAAAUUUGGCCAGGGUUUUCUGGAAAGACUUCAGGGAAUAGAGAUGCCUAACCGACUCCUUGAGAAGGUCAUACUGGUUGACACACCAGGAAUUUUAGAAAACAAGAAGCAACAAGACCGAGGGUAUCCAUUCAACGAGGUGCUGCAGUGGUUCAUCGAUCAUGCAGACAUGAUUCUGGUCGUAUUUGAUCCAACGAAACUGGACGUUGGCACCGAGUUGGAAGUCUUGUUCAACCAGCUAAAGGGACACGAGUCACAGAUCAAGUUAGUCUUGAACAAAGCCGAUACUAUUCCCAUCCAAGAGUUGAUGCGGGUUUACGGCGCUCUGUUCUGGAAUUUAGCACCUUUGAUAAAUGUGACUGAGCCACCGAGAGUGUUUACCGGGUCGUUCUGGAGCCAACCUCUAAGUCUAAAGAAAGGCAAUGGAAAUUAUAGUGAACUUUUCAAGAAUGAAGAGAUCAAUCUUUUGAAUGACAUGAGCGAACUCAUUGAAAAUAAAGUCCAGAACAAGAUAGCACAUAUACGCCAGUGUGCUAUUCUAGUCCGGCAGCAUGCACUUAUAGUCAAUCAGUACUUGGUAACUUUCCACAAAUUCAAUACUUUCAUGAGUAAUAGUGAAAACGUAGCAAAUGAAAUUAUCGAGAGACCAGAAAAAUAUAGGAUUUUCAAAUUAGUGGCGAAGUACAGUAAUGUGAGUAAGUAUGACUUUCCCGACCCUGAAGUCUACAAGGACUUUUUCUACCUCAAUGCUAUCAAUUCCUUCGAGAUGCUCAGUGGACAUUGUUCUUACUUUGGUGGAUGUUUGUUAGACAAACUUAACAAGGCCAUUAAUGAAGACCUCCCUAAACUUUUGACCAAAGUGCAGGAGCUCGACGGUGGCCAGCAGUGUUUGCCGGACGAUGAGAUCUGUAAGAGUCAAAGUGGUGAACCAGAGACGUGACUGUAUGUUAACUAGACAACUAAUAUUGUUACUUAAAAAUUGAAUUGCAAGGAAAAAAGGAAACUAUUGUACAAAAAUUACAACAUGUACAUAAAGUGUUUAAAGAUGUUACCAGAUUGCUUUUUUUAAAGACUGCCAAAAUCAAUAGCUAUCAAAUGACUGUAUUCUUUUAUUCAUUAUCUGUGUCCACUCUGAUUAUCAUGAAAUGAAAACAAACUUUCAAUUUGAGCACAUGUUACCGAAAAGAGUUGACAAUGUUUCACAGAACCCUGGGUUUGUGAUUAUGGAGUGCUCGAGACUUUCAUCAUUCCUCCUUGUUUAAUAUGCUGUGUCCUAUGAGAUUUGUUGAAUUGUUAUUUUGAUGCCAUAUUUGUUUUUAAUUGUUAGUGAGAUGUACACAUUUCUCUAGAUGUGAGCCUGAAUCUGGCAUAAAAAUAUUAGGAGUACAACUUACAUAGAUGUUUCUGUAUACGUAAGAUCUCUGCUUCAAUGUGAUGCUUUAUAAAUUAAAUAAAACCAGA